CUUUACCUGCGGCCCCGCCCGGCGCCGGACGAGCCGGGCCCCUCCCACCUGAGCCCGUGGGACCAGGUGAGCUCCGACCCCGAACCGGGCGGGGCCUUCGUCCACCUCAUCGACGAGCGCGGCGUCUACUCCACGGCCAAGCUGGUGCCCGGUGAGGAGGAGGAGGAGGAGGAGGAGGAGGAAGAAGAAGAAACACCUGAGGGCGCCGCUCACCUGGAGAUCCGCCGGGUGAUCGUGGCCGAGAAGCCCUUCCAGUGCCCGGCGUGCCACAAGGGCUUCAAACGCGCCUGGGAGCUGCUGAGCCACCAGGUGGUGCACACCGAGGCGCGUCCCUACACCUGCCACCUGUGCCAGGCCACCUUCAAGCGCCACUCGGACUUCAAGAGCCACGGGCUGGUGCACACGGAGGAGCGGCCGCACCGCUGCGAGCUGUGCGGGAAGCGCUUCAAGCGCUCCUCCAACCUCCAGGAGCACCGCCGCAUCCACAGCGGCGAGCGCCCCUUCACCUGCCCCAGGUGCGCCAAAGCCUUCAAGACGCCCUACGAGCGCCAGCGCCACGCCCUCACCCACCUGGCGGCGGCGGCGGCCGACAAACCUUUCCGCUGCGGCGAGUGCGGCAAGGAUUUCCCGGCGGCCAACGCGCUGCUGCUGCACCGGCGGCAGCGCUGCCGGGACAAGCCGCACGCCUGCGGCGUCUGCGGCAAGCGCUUCACCUACGGCCACUCGCUGAAGGUGCACGAGCGCGUCCACACCGGCGACCGGCCCUUCCGCUGCGCCCUGUGCGGCAAGGCCUUCAAGCAGAGCAACGCGCUGGCCUCGCACGAGCGCGUGCACACGGGCGAGCGCCCCUUCGCCUGCCGCACCUGCGGCAAGGCCUUCAAGCAGUCGUCGUACCUGGCCAUCCACCAGCGGGCUCACACGGGCGAGCGGCCGUACGGCUGCGAGGCGUGCGGGAAGGCGUUCGCCCGGCCCUCGCUGCUGCUGCAGCACCGGAGGGUGCACAGCCAGGUGAGGCCGCACCAGUGCGGGCACUGCCACAAGUUCUUCAAGGACCUGGCGUACCUGGCGGUGCACGAGAAGGUGCACACGGGGGAGACGCCCUACAAGUGCGGGGUGUGCGCCAAGGGAUUCGCGCACCCCUCCAACCUGCUGCAGCACCGGCGCGUGCACCGCGACACCUGAGCGGCGGGUGAGGGGGGGACGGGGGUGCUGGGACAGGUGUGGAGCACAAAAUUGUGUUUUUGACCCCCAAAAAAUGGCAGCAGGAACACCUGGACUGCAACACCUGAGCCUCAGGUGAAGGACUUGGUAACUGUGAGCCAGAACAGGUGUGGACCCCAAAAUUGUGGGUUUGACCCCCAAAAAAUUGCAGCUGUGACACCUGAACUGCGACACCUGAGCCCCAGGUGAAGGAUUCAGUACCUGUGAGCCAGGACAGGUGUGGACCCCCCAAAAUCACUCAUGGACCCCAAAAAGGUGCGCCACCUGCAGGUGGAACACCUGGAGCACCUGGUGGAUGAAGCUUCAGGUGGAGGAUUCAGUACCUGUGAGCCAGGACAGGUGUGGAGCCCCCCAAAAUCACCUGUGGACCCCAAAAAGCUGCAGCAGCAACACCUGGACUGUGACACCUGAGCCCCAGGUGGAGAAUUCGGUACCUGUGAGCCAGGACUGGUGUGGACCCCAAAAUUGUGGUUUUGACCCCCAAAAAAAUGGCACCUGUGACACCUGGACUGUGACACCUGAGCCCCAGGUGAAGGACUCGGAACCUGUGAGCCAGGACAGGUGUGGACCCCCCCAAAUCACCUGUGGACCCCAAAAAUCUGCAGCGCCUGCAGGUGGAACACCUGGUGAAUGAAGCUUCAGGUGGAGGACUUGGUACCUGUGAGCCAGAACAGGUGUGGACCCCAAAAUUGUGUUUCUGACCCCAAAAAAUGGCAGCUGUGACACCUGGACUGCAACACCUGAGCCCCAGGUGGAGGACUCUGUACCUGUGAUCCAGGACAGGUGUGGAGCCCAAAAAUCUGGAGCACCUGGAACACCUGGAGUACCUGGUGGAUGAAGCUUCAGGUGGAGGAUUCAGUACCUGUGAGCCAGGACAGGUGUGGAGCCCAAAAUCACCUGUGGAACCCAAAAAGCUGCAGCAGCAACACCUGGACUGUGACACCUGAGCCCCAGGUGGAGAAUUGGUACCUGUGAGCCAGGACAGGUGUGGAGCCCAAAAUUGUGGUUUUGACCCC